GGCAACUUCCAACAAUACAAGCCGCCAGCCGGCCAAUGGCGGAGUUUCUAAAUUUUCGUGUUUGUUGUCACAUUGUCAUUUUAUUAGAGCCGCGAAAACUUGCAAUUUAUUGAUUAAACAAUAGUUCUUAGCAAUUAAGAAAUACAUGGAUAAGAUAUCGUGACCACGGUGCCUUCGCAAUGUUCAAGAAUACGUUUCAGUCUGGUUUCCUUUCAAUUCUUUACAGUAUAGGCAGUAAGCCUUUGCAAAUUUGGGAUAAAAAAGUUCGAAAUGGGCACAUAAAGAGGAUUACUGACAAUGAUAUACAAAGCUUAGUGUUGGAAAUCGUUGGUACCAAUGUGUCAACGACGUAUAUUACUUGCCCAGCUGAUCCAAAGAAAACCCUUGGCAUCAAGCUUCCCUUUUUGGUUAUGAUAAUCAAAAAUUUAAAGAAGUAUUUCACCUUCGAAGUGCAGGUACUUGAUGACAAAAAUGUAAGAAGGCGGUUCCGUGCUAGCAACUACCAGUCUACAACUCGGGUUAAGCCAUUCAUUUGUACAAUGCCAAUGAGGUUAGAUGAAGGUUGGAAUCAAAUACAAUUCAAUUUAGCAGAUUUCACCAGACGAGCAUAUGGAACAAAUUAUGUUGAAACCUUGAGGGUACAAAUACAUGCCAAUUGUAGGAUUAGAAGAGUGUACUUUUCUGAUAGACUUUAUUCUGAGGAUGAACUUCCAGCAGAGUUUAAACUGUUUCUGCCGAUUCAAAAUAAAGCUAAAACAGCUGUUGCAAAUUAAAUUGUUAGUCACUGUUCAUUUUAACAAAUAUAUUAUUAAGUCAA